AUGGGCAACCCAAGCAUUCAUUUUCGCGGCUUAAGCCUUAAAUAUAUGGAGAAAGCGAUUGCUGAGGUUGGAGACGAUCCAUUCUCGUUGGUCCUUCUACAGACUAUGAUCUUGAACACACUCUGCCUUCUCGUCCAAGGUGUGAGAGGUAGGGCUUGGCGGCUGUUGGGUACAUGCAUUAGAAGUGCCUACGAGCUAAAUCUGCAUCUGAUUGAUGCUGGUAAGCCCCGCGGUCUAAUUCAAUCUCUUAAUGCGGCACAAUGGUGCGUUGAGGAAGAAUGGCGUCGCGCCUGGUGGGCAAUUUGGGAAAUGGAUGUCUUUGCUAGUGUCAUCCGCCGUUGCCCUGCAGGAAUCGACUGGCAUCAAAAUGAUACAUUUUUGCCGGUCGAGGACGAGCAGUGGUAUCACGGAGAACCUCAACCAAGCUGUGCCCUGGAAUUGGACAUCACGGAGAGAUGGAAAAGUCUUGUCGCGGUCGAUUCGAAAUCACCAAGAGCUUGGUUUAUCGUUAUUAACUCAUUAAUGAAAGAUGCGCAAAUUAUUUCAAGUCCCAUGAAUAUCGACAAGUCGUCAGCAUCAUUUUCUUCAGCAGAAAUUUCAACGCACAAAGGCAUGAACACCCCACAUCAAGAGCAGAACAAAUCGAAGACCGACGCCAUCAAUAAGCUCAGUACUGUUCUAAACUCUCUGUGUUGUACAGCCAUGGCACUUCCUAAAGAAUUGAGAUAUCAAGGUCAAUAUCUUGAUUUCGGCAGCGAUGAUUCGAACCAACCAGGUGGGACUGCACAAAGACAAGCCUACAGUAAUAUUUACAGCAUAUACAUGAUUAGUCAACUUACAAAGUUGAUGGUUCUGAAGUACCACGUGUUUCGAAUUGGAAUGAACUGGACGUAUCGAAAAGACACAGCCAACGGAGAAAGUUCCCACUCUGUCUCAAGUCACCUUCCAGCUCCUGUCGACGCUCCCACGGCCGAAGCCACAGAGUCGCUGCAUCUGGUCCAAUAUUUCGAGGCAUCAGAAAACGUUGUCAGCAUCAGUCGAUGUUGCUCUGACAAUUACUACAAGUAUGUCAAUCCUUUUCAUGCCAGUACCACAUGGUUAGCAGGCGCUGUUCAACUUUUGCAACGCAGCCGCCUUCCCGAUGACUGCUCAGAGAAGGCUUUAGUCCAGUCGAACUUUGAUUUGCUAUCUCUGAAUUACACAAAAUCUGUCGAUUAUUGGCACAUGUCUAAGGUUCCAUUAAACAAUUGGUUCACUCUCGAGGACGGACUCGAAAGUGCGAGAAAUGACCCGAGCUCCGAACAACGAUAUUACCACGAAAUACCCUCCAUCUUCAGAGAGGGUUAUCUGGGGCAUCACGCAAUGCAAGGCGGAAGAUCUGAUCCGUACGGAACAGACAACAAAGUCGGUGAACAGAGCAAAGUCGAUGAAAUAUUCAAGUAUCUGCUUGCUGAUAACGGGAUGAAAGAAGACCUGCCUCUCGAGCCCCUCCUGUCAAACCAAAACCUGUCCUUAGCACUGCCGGAACAACAUGACUUCUCAGGUAUUUCGUCUCUCAGUAACAUUUAUACGCCACCUCCUUUACCUGCCCAUGUUCAUUCUUAUCAAUCUCAGUCUGGUACGACAACUGCGGAACAUGGUUUUAGUGUGGACCAUAUCAACCUUUCUCAUGCCGAUGAAGUCGAAGCCGCCGUCUCAGCAUCUCUCCUGGAUAGUGGCCACUUGGCACUUGAGCGGAACUUCAACCUAGACUUCUCGAACUAUCUGGACGAAAUAUUUUCAGGUUCAUAUGUGCAAUAG